AUGCUUGAGGUAUUAGAGUGGUAUUAUUUUAUUGUUGGUCUCUGGACUGCUAUUAAAAUAGGCCUUGAAGUUUACUAUGCAUGCAAGAGCUUACUUUCAAGGCCAAGCUUUUUAUCUUAUGGUAGCAAUAGCUGGGUUUUAGUAACUGGAGCUUCGGAUGGUAUUGGAUUUGGAUUUACUGAAUAUUUAGCCUGCCAAGGGUUUAAUAUAAUAUUAAUUGGAAGGAAUCCUAAUAAAACGCAUAAUGCAGCUAGAUAUUUGGAAGAAAAGUUCCCUAUAAAAACAAAAUGCAUUAUAAAAGAUUUCUCUUUGUGCACAGAAAAUCCGAUAGAGUUUUUUACUGACAUAAAAGAACAAACAAGAGAUUUGGAUCGUGACCCCUCACUGAGACUAAUUCUUUCAGACUAAUAUUUUUUCGCCUAUUUUUUUUUUGCCUAUUUUUUUUUAGCCUAUUUUUUUUUAGCCUAAUUUUUUUUGCCUAAUAUUUUUGUGCCUAAUAUUUUUUGGCCUAAUUUUUUUUGCCUAAUUUUUUUUGGCCUAUUUUUUUUGGCCUAAUUUUUUUUUUGGCCUAAUUUUUUUGGCCUAAUUUUUUUUGGCCUAAUUUUUUUGGCCUAAUUUUUUUUGGCCUAAUUUUUUUUGGCCUAAUUUUUUUUGGCCUAAUUUUUUUGGCCUAAUUUUUUUGGCCUAAUUUUUUUGGCCUAAUUUUUUUGGCCUAAUUUUUUUGGCCUAAUUUUUUUGGCCUAAUUUUUUUUGGCCUAAUUUUUUGGGAUAAAAUUUCUCUAUCCAACUCCUCAAUGCUCUAUAAUAUAAUACUUUCAAGUUAUUUAUGCGGAUGUGAGAUAGAUUCUAACUUUAAUACUCCUUCUUAUAUUAAACUUAAUAUUUUGAUGAGUAAAUAUAAGCAUAUCUCUGAGCUCAUUUUCCUGUUUUCCUCAUAUUUUAAGCUUACUCCCCCCCCCCCAUCCUUGAUCGAACGAUUGACUGUAAAAAUUCCUAAAAUUUAGGGAAAUUAACCCCCAUCCUUGAUCGAACGAUUUUCAUAUCAUGCAAAUUUUUAUAUAUAUAAAAAUAUAUUAGCUAUCAAAAACUUGGGAAGAUGUAUCUAAUGAAGUUGCUUUGAGAGUUUUGAGACAACAGAAAGCUGCGAAAUCAACCAUUCGAAGUGAUUUAACCAUCGGCCUCGGCUUAAAAGCUCAAUAAUCUAUAAAAUAGAGAUUCUUUACUCCCCCCUUUAAAUUGGAACUAAAAAUUUUGUUCUAAUUUUUUUUUUUAAAAAAAAUAUCAAUAUAAAAUUUUUUAUAAAAUAUAUAAAAAUUUUAAAAAAAAAAUUUCAAAAACUUAUCGAAUUAGAUUAAUAAAUUUGUUUAAUAAAAUGCUAUUUACUCUUUAUCCUUUAAAACAAAGCAAGAUAUAACUAAAUUUUCAUUAUUAGUUAAUGCGCCACUCAAAAAAAUUAGGCCCAAAAUAUUAGGCCAAAAAAAAUUAGGCCAAAAAAAUUAGGCCAAAAAAAAAUUAGGCCAAAAAAAAUAGGCCAAAAAAAAAUUAGGCCAAAAAAAAUUAGGCCAAAAAAAAAUUAGGCCAAAAAAAUUAGUCCAAAAAAAUUAGGCCAAAAAAAUUAGGCCAAAAAAAAAUUAGGCCAAAAAAAAUUAGGCCAAAAAAAAAUUAGGCCAAAAAAAUUAGGCCAAAAAAAAUUAGGCAAAAAAAAUUAGGCUAAAAAAAAUUAGGCCCAAAAAAAAUUAGGCUAAAAAAAAUUAGGCCAAAAAAAAUUAGGCCAAAAAAAAUUAGGCCAAAAAAAAAUAGGCCAAAAUAAAUUAGUCCAAAAGAAUUUGACCCAGAGAGGAGGAACCAUUUGGAUAUUAGUAUUUUAAUCAAUAAUGUGGGCUAUGGCCAUGCAUUUGAUAUUUUUGCAUCUCUCAAAGAAGAUGACAAUUUAAGUACUAAUGCCAUAAAUAUAUGAUCUAUUACAUUUCUUACUAAACUGUAUUUGCCUGAUAUGAUUUCGAGAAAGCAAAAAAGUGCGAUUAUUAAUGUAAGCUCUAUAACAAGUCAAAGCCCCUUGGUAAAAUCAUCCUUAUAUGCUGCAAGUAAAAGCUUUGGUGACUUAUUUUCUUUGAUCACUACUCAAGAAGCAAAAUAUUUAGCAAAUAAUAGCACCAAUAUCGAUGUCCUUAGUUUGAGACCUGGAUUUGUAGAUACGCCAUUAACUCAAAAAUUUACAAGAAAGCCAUUACUUGUAAGUGUCAAUGAAUGCAUAUCUUAUGCUUGAAGUUCAAUAGGGAGGGUAGAUUACACUAGCGGGCAUUGGAAGCAUCAAUUUCUUUAUUUGGCUGCAAGAGUAAAUGAAACAUUUUUAUCGAUAGUAAUGGGAAACACAGAACUGAAAUGGCCAACGCUCUCUAGAAAAAAAUAUUAA